CGGGUAUUUUGCUCUGGGUCGCCAUGAUUUUUGAGGUCGCUGGAGGAGAGGGACAUCGCGAUUUUUCUUCUUGUUGUAUGUCCAGGUGAGCAAAAGUUUCAAUUUUUCCGCUGUCCAGAUUUUUCAGAUGUAUAAUGUAUGGGAGUAUGAGGAUAUGUCCAGUUCUCCAUACUGGACAAGGGUUAUGGUGAUUGUAGGUUGGUCCUUGCGGAGUUUUACCAUCCUCCAUGUCAGUCCUUGUGGGUUGUUCCGUCCGUCUUGGGCCAAAAUUGUUCCUCCGUCCAAUCCCAGAUCUCCAAGAUGUCCCGGACCUCAGAGAAAAGGGAAAGUGGGAGACAACCGAGAGAAGACCGCAAGAACAGGCAUGGAAUUGAAUAUUGUUAAUGUCUUGUGUUAUAACAUUUGC